GGCGUGGUGUCAUGGCGUCACUGUCGGCGAUGCUGCCUUACGAGUCCGCCGGUAUCUACGAGCAGCCCAAGCAGAAGUUCACGUUCAAAGUGCCACGCGUGGUUUCGGACCAGAAGGCCAAGUUCGAGCAGGAUGACUGGUUUAAGAAGGUGACGCGCGCCUCCGAGGGCCGCUACACGGGUCACCGCGAGCGGCCGAUGGAGGAGCGCCGCGCCAAGUUCCAGAGCGACCUGAAGACCAACGGCAGGACCGAACUGGCGCUGACCCAGAACGGGUUGAACCUGAUCCUGGAGUUCGACAUAUCACCGAACGGCUACACGGCCCGGGCGCCGGACGUGGACUUCGCCAAGGAGCCUGGCAUGCCGGGCCCGUCCCGUCCGCAGGUGCACCUGACUUCCAAGAGCAUUAUCCUGAACGGCGUGUGCGUGCGGUGGAAGGGAGCCAUCAACCUGGAAAGCCUGAGCGGCACCGGCGCCAUCGAGUUCGACGACGAGAUGGCUCAGGAGGAGGACAACAGGCUGAGGCAGCAGCUCGAGUACUACAACCAGCGGCUACGCGACUUCAAUGAUCGGCAGAAGCUCUACAAGCGUGAGACGGACUGAGGCGUGCGAGGCCUACAGCAGCGCCAAAGCAAACCGGGCAGAGGCGGGCGCUAGACCUGGCAGCAGGGCGGCGCCAGGCCCGGCGGCAGGGGCUGCGCCAGGCCCGGCAGCAGGGGUGGCGC